UUGUACUAAAGAAACGAAACUGAUAGUAAAUUGCAUUUAUGAGUUGUUAAAAUUAGAUGUUUAACGUAGUAGACACUAAUUUUCAAAAGUAGAUCUUGAUUCAUAAUCGAUUGGGAGUGCUCUUAGUCUUCAAUUAACGCAAUCCAACUGUUGAACCGUCUAAAAUUGCUGUGUGUUUUAGGGUUUGGCGAGUAAACGAAUGAUAGAGAAUGAAAGAGGAAAGGGUGAAUGGCGAGCAAUUGGAAUUAGCAAAGAAGCGAUGCAGAAAUGUGAUAGAGAGUGUAAGUUCGAUUUCCACCAACAAAAUCACCCCUUCUUCUCAACGCACUCUCCUCAAAUUGGCCCGCUCUGAGCUUGCCUUUUUAUCCCGUUCCUCUUUCUCUCUUCACACACUCCGUAGUGUAAACAUUGGGCACAUUGAAGCAGUUGUCCACAUUCUCCAACAGCCUUUCGUUACUGGAGUUUCACGUGUAUGCAAGUCAAUUUCUGUUUCAUCCAUAAGUGGUCAAAAAACUGCUGAUGUUGUAUAUGUUGAUAUAGUGUGUACUCUCAAUAGGAACCCAGUUUGGAUUAUUGUUUCUGACAGGAACCCCAAGUACAUCUCCUGGAAUGAAUCCCACUCAAGUAAGGGCUUAAAAUUCCGAAUCGAGAAACUCCUGGCGGUUGCAAGGUCUUCUGUUGCACUUAAACCUUCUUCAGUUAUUCUCUUCUUCUCAAAUGGUCUCAGCGGCGUGAUAUAUGAAAAACUCAGAGAAGAAUUUGGGGCUGCUGAGUUUGGAUUGGAGUUUACUGUCUUUGAUUGCGAUUUCUCUGAGGAUUUGGAACAAGACUGGGUUAAUGUAUUAGCAAGAACUUAUAGAGAGGCAUCCGUACUUGAAAUUAGGGUUAAUCCGACAAAGGAUGAUGGUGUUUCGAAUUUGGAUUGUGCUGAAGACACAUUACUAUUGGAAGCUGCUGAGCAGCAGCAAGGGUUUACAAAGGAUCAAAUGGUACGCGAAAGGGAUGAUUCCUUCUUGAAUCUUAUUUCCAGAAUGACGUUCCUCUCGUCGGAAGCGAAGAAUGCAGAUAGCAAUACUCCACGAAUCCUGUUGCAAGAAUGUGAAUAUAUAAAUUUUGACACAACACCUUUGAUUGCUGUUGUCUCGGAAAUCAGUAAUGGUGGUUGUGAGAAACUGUUGGUUACCCCAGAAGCUGAGUUGAGAGAAAAAUAUAAGGGUAAUUAUGAGUUUGUGAUUGGACAGGUAAUGUCUGAAAUUCAGAAUCCAAUUCAUGUGGAUCUAGGCAGUGUAAUAUCUGGAAAGAGAGGUAUGAUAUGUCAAAGUGUUUGUUCAGAGUUCAAGGAAUUAGUAUCAAUGUGUGGAGGGCCGAAUGAGAAAUUCAGAGCUGAUCUCUUACUUAGAUGCCUCAAGGUUGUAGCUGAUUGUCCCUCAGAGCGUAUGAUGAGCCUCCCAACCACUAGAAAGCUUGCAAUGAAGAAUAAGAUUGUUUUUGGUACUGGUGAUUACUGGCACGCCCCUACUUUAACUGCAAAUAUGGCAUUUGUGAGAGCAAUUUCACAGACUGGGAUGUCUCUGUUCACCAUUGGGCACAGACCACGAGCUCUAACUGGUGAUUAGUCACGUGUUUUUAAUAGUGUCCUGAUGCUUUGAUGCCUAAUACAAUAUAGGUAGAGGGAUGUUCCUUCAAUUAUUUGGGUGGAUUUGUUGAUACUUCUGUUAAUACUCACUUAUACUAUACCACGUCAUGAAGGUUUAACAUUUCUAUCUAAUUCAAAACUACGAUGCUGACACAAUGAUAGACCUACUGUCCAAUUUACUAUGUACGUAAGAAGUGCUUACUUUUUAGUUGAGCCAGGUUUUUUUGUUAGUGUCUUGUGUACUACUUUCUAUAUAUGGUUUUGUGCUGAUAUGGCAUUGAAUGUGUA